GGAUGGAGGGGGCUGUCAGGAUGCGACUGCUCCUUGUCCUCUGGAUGAUGGGCGUGGGCGCGGGCGGCUUCCUCCAGAUGAAAUAUUGCUUCGGGGAAAUCGGAUGCUUCGCGACGAACACCGACUUCUACCACCCUCUCCGGCCCACCAACCCCACGCCCAUUUCCCGCGAGGACCUGGACCUGACGUAUCACGUGUGGAGCCGCGAGGACCAGCUGGGGACCAUGGUGCGGGCGGCGAGGAUCUCCGACAUCCUCAACACCACGCUGAAGGCCUCGAGGAGGACCAAGGUGCUCAUCCACGGCUACCUCGACAACGAAGGAGCUACGUGGAUCUACGACAUGGCUGCCGCCCUCCUGCUGUACGGCGACUUCAACGUCCUGACGGUGGACUGGGGCGGCGGGUCGCGGGCGCUGUACGACCAGGCGGCCGCGAACGCGAGGGUCGCCGGCCUGGAGGUCGCCUUCCUCGUCAACUGGCUCGAGGACCGGGUGGGCCUCCGCCCGCGGGACGUCCAUCUCAUCGGGCACUCGCUGGGCGCGCACGUGGCAGGAUACGCCGGCGAGAGGGUGAUCGGCCUGGGCAGGAUCACGGGCCUCGAUCCGGCAGGGCCCUACUUCGAGAACCUUCCUCCCAAAGUCCGCCUGGAUCCCACGGACGCGCUCUUCGUUGACGUCAUUCACACGAAUGGAGACCCACUCAUUCUGCAAGGCCUGGGCAUGAAGCAGGCGUGCGGGCACCUGGACUUCUACCCGAACGGCGGGCGGCAGCAGCCAGGGUGCAACGUCCCCCUCAGGGCCUCCUUCGACGUGUUGAAUCAGGGCAUCGACAUCAACCACGGUUUUACCCUCGAGCAAAAAGUCGCGCUCACCUGCAGCCACAGCCGCUCCGCUCAGCUCUUCAUAAGCUCUCUGACUUCAGGCUGCGAGUUCCAGGCCUACUACUGCGUCAGCUAUCUGCUCUACAAGACCGGCCUGUGCCAGAUGUGCGGCGACGGGAGCUGGUGUGCUCGCAUGGGUAUUGAAGCCGAGGAGUGGAGAGCCGUGGGGCAGGCGGGUCGGAGGCUGGAACAGAUGUAUGUUACGACUACUGAUAGCUAUCCUUAUUGUUAAGUGUGUGUGUGUGUGUGUGUCAGUUUGCGAGUGUGUGUGUGUGUGUGUCAGUUUGCGAGUGUGUGUGUGUGUCAGUUUGCGAGUGUGUGUGUGUGUGUCAGUUUGCGAGUGUGUGUGUGUGUGUGUCAGUUUGCGAGUGUGUGUGUGUGGAAAGAGUUUGUGUGUGGGAGUUGGUGAGUUCAUGAGUGUGUGUGGUGAGAGUUUAUUAAUGUAGGUGAGAAAGAGUUCUUUUUUUUACUGUUGUUAUGAUGUAUUGUUGUUAUUUAUGCUGAUUUGUUUUAUAUUAGAUGGUUGACUGCUUUGUUGCAAGAGUAAUUGGGCAAGUGUCCGAGGUCGUGGAUGACAAACGACCAUUCGGUGCAGUUCCAAGAGUUUGUUGCUUUAUUGAUAUUUUUGUUGGUAAAUUGAUUAAAAAAAUACUCAAAGUUGUGAUAGAGAAACAACCAUGACAAUAUCCAUGACAAUACCAGUGGAUGGACGUCACACAAAUUUGUGGGGCGUCUGUCUGCAAAUUUAUUUAUUCUUGUUGUGAUGAUGUUAAUGUAAUUCUUAUAUUGCCAAGUAUUUAUUCUCUCAAUCCAUGUACAUAAUUCAAAUAUAUCACCUUAUAGCUGUUAGAUGCAAAAUGUAUUCCUACGAUGUUUCAGCGGUGUUAAAUAUUUCCAAUUUAUUUUCAACUGCCUAUUGUUAAAAACAGGUCUUUACCUUUUCGUUUAAAUUUCAAAAGUGCAAAACUGGGAUGACCUGACGAGCGGUUUCCUCCCUUUUAUAUAUUUUAACAAUAUUUAUAUAUUGCUAAAAGUGAUAUAUUUGUUAUAUUUUUGUGAUUCCCAUGUUAAAAGUGACAUUCAGUCGCAGAUGUACAUGGAAUUCUAAAG